AUGGCUGUUGCGACAUUCCCCAUCGACGAGGCCUACCUCAUCGGAGGCUGGCUCGAAUCCUUCAUGUGGGGUGCCACAUUGACAUCGCUUAAUGACAGAUACGUCCUGGCCACCGGACACAUGUCGCUCGCCCUGGCUCGCUUGGUGCAAGGAUUCGUCCUGUUCCGUAACAUCAUCGACCCGGUUGAGUACUUCGCUAAUAUCUCCCUCCGCAUCAACAUGGCGAAGGAUUAUUUGUACAUCACCAACCUUUUCCUCGGAGACCUGAUCAUCGUAUGGCGACUUUACGUAGUCUACGGCAAGAAUCUGUACAUUGCUUUCUUCCCGACGCUCAUGUGUCUGGCAGAACUUUCUGUCGGAUACGCGUCUAUCUCCGAGUGGCUGGCCCCUACGCAGAAUUUCGUAGUGAUGGACCAACUGGGCUCCACUAUGUUCAGUCUCUCCCUGGCCGCGAACAUUAUUUUGACGUUCGUCAUUGUAGCCCGUAUCUGGUACAUGACCUACCGAUCACGCAAGGUCCUCGGGGUUCCGGGCGGAAAUUAUACCCGCGUUCUGCUGCUGCUCAUCGAGUCCGGCGCGCUCGUCGCGGCGGCGAAGCUGACCGAAUUCGUGCUGUUCGAACUCGCGCCAGAUGACGGCAUCAGCGGCCUCAACGCCAUCGACGUCGUGUACGAGUGCAUGCCGCAAAUUACUGGCCUGGCUCCGACGUGUAUCAUCUACGCGGUCAACAAGGGCUUCACGCAGCCGGACAGCUACUACUCGUCCAGCCCGAAAGACUCGCUCGUUUUUGGCUCGCCGGAGAACACCAAUCCCUCCGGACGCACAGGCACCACGCUGUUCACGAGCGCGUUUGGAUCUAGCGGUCUUGACAGCUCUAAGGAAGGGACGCGGCGCGGCGGGAACGAUUCCGAAACGACCAUCGAGAAAUUGGGCGGCGGUGCGUUGUCGACGUCGGUCGUUUGAUUCGCUGCCCUACGGUAUUUGGCCUGCCUUCGCGCCCGGAUCUAGCGGCUAAGUGUUCUGUAUUUGCGUCUUGGAUUGUGUUUGCAAUAUGCCGUUUUGUCAUUCCUUGAUCCCAUUAUCAUAUUCCUUCCG